ACAAGCACAGAAAUCACAAAAAGAGCGGAAAUAAAUAUUUAGUGAUACCUACAAUCAGAUUGGUUUGGAACAACAAAGUGCUUAGAACGAGGUCGUAGGAUAGUCGACAGGUGUUUAUUUUUGUAAAAAUUUCUGUGUUCUUAUGGGCAGUUUUUGUUUACACUGAAAGUCACAUAAGUUGAAAAAUGCAUAUUAUACUCAAUAUACUAUGCACAAUCGUAUUUACUUUGCUCUCAGUCAAAUGCGGUCAAAUUGUCGCUGUUGACUGUAACAACGCAAUGGGCGAAUGUAAAGAGCUUCAACAUUGUCCUUCUCUCUAUAAUCAACUGGGAUCUACCGAUAUCAAGUCUAUUAAAUUUUGUGAUGGAAUCAAGGGUAUUGUUUGCUGUCCAAGAACAGAGUUCGUUAUAGAUUCUCGAUUCGGUGACAUCGAUACAACAACAUACGCUGAAAAGGCUUGUUUGGAAUAUAAAAAAUUUGCACCUACCUAUUGCCCACAAGCCUUAAUCUAUGGCGGCGAAAAAGCCAAGCCAAAAGAAUUUCCGUCGAUUGCACUUCUGGGAUCGAAGGAUGACAACAGUGGCGAGAUCGAUUGGUAUUGUGCGGGUACUUUAAUAAGUAGACGUUUCGUUGUUACAGCGGCACAUUGUUUUCGAAUUUCCAGCACGCUCAAUAUCGUCCGAUUAGGCGAAUUGGAUUACAGUACAACAAAUGAUUCAACUGAAACACAAGAUUUCGGUGUACGCCAUGCUGUCGCCCAUCCGAGUUACAAUUUGGAUCGCUACCAUGACAUUGCUUUAAUCGAAUUAGAUCACGAUGCCAUACUUAACGAAUAUGUCAUACCGGCUUGUUUACCACCAAAAAAUGGCGAAUAUAAAGAUUUUACUGCGGUUGGUUGGGGCAAAACGGAAAAGGGUGUAUCUUCGCCACAUCUACUGAAAGUCGAUUUAAGUCUCUUUACCGGUGAUGAAUGUGUUAAGUCUGUAGCUGUACAGGAUUAUUUAGAAUCGGGAUUUAAACCUCGCACUCAAAUAUGUGCUGGCAGUCAUAAGAGUGGUUUUGAUACAUGUAGCGGUGACUCCGGUGGUCCGCUUUAUGUAUCCCAUCCGACUUAUCACUGUAUGCUACAGUUGGCUGCAAUUACUUCAUUUGGUUAUGUACAAUGCGGUACCGCCGGCAUUCCAAGUGUUAAUACGAAGGUGAAUUUGUAUUUAGACUGGAUUGAAAAUGUAGUGUGGAAUGUAAGCCCGUUUUGAAAAAUAAAUAAGAGACGAAGUUUACUUUAAUUAAAAGUGGACAAUAUUGAAAAGUAGA